AUGUCAUUCAGCACUAAGUAUAGCGACCUCUCCUACGAAGACAGCUGUGAUUCCGGUUUCGAAUAUUCUUUCAAAUCCGAAUCUUCGGACAUAACAGACGAUCGCAGCGACUAUUUCGAUCUCGACCACGAUGCGUCACCCGUCAAAAGAAAACAAUUAGAACAUUUUAACCAGGAGCUAUAUGAAAAAUUUAAUACUGCGUUUCAUACUAGUCUAAUCGAGAGGGUGAAACGUCCAAUUCACUACGAAUCUUGGGACCAACCACUUCAUUGUAAAAGAAACCUCUUCGAAAACAACAACGAAGAACUAGAAUUUUUCUAUCCACUGGAAAAUGACAAAAGCAAAUGUUCAACCCCGGUUAAAGAAAAACCUAAAAGAAAAUACGCCACGGGUCGUAACCGGGUAUCCAGAGCGAAAAGUCCUACGCAGAUUAUGAGGAUCAAAAGAGUGAGAAGGAUGAAAGCAAACGAUAGAGAACGAAAUAGAAUGCACAUGCUAAACGAAGCCUUAGAACGCCUGCGAUUAGUUUUACCCACAUUUCCUGAAGAUACCAAGUUGACGAAGAUAGAAACUUUGCGUUUUGCUCAUAAUUAUAUUUACGCUUUAUCGCAAGCGGCUAACGAUUUAGAUUCGUUUUCAAAUUCGGGAGAUUGUAUAACGGUUAACGUUGGAAAUAUGAUUGUUUCUAUUAGUAAGAACGGGAACACUAUAACAACUAAAAAUAUUGAGCAGAAAGUUGGAAAUGCUGUAGUUACAAGUGGAACUAUUACCAAUGCUAGUUUUAUGCAAGAUUAUGCUGAUGGUUCUCCAGCAGGUAGUAAUGAUUACCAAGGGUUUGGUUAUUGUAAUGCGCUUGAACCUUAUUCUAGUAAUAGUUAUGAGCAAUAUACAAAUGGUGCAAAUUUUGAACAGUAUGGAUACCCAGUAGGUUAUGACUAUGCUAAUUGCUUGAAAGGUUAG